UAAAGAGCCGAGAGCACAUCAGCAGCAGAAGGCGAUAUAAAGCAAAAUUUUGUUUUGCUCUCUUUUUCUUGCCUUUUUAUUACUAUUAUCUUGCUGCAGCUUCGCAUCGCCCAAAGUAUUAGCAAAGCAAAAGCAGGGCCUAUAAUAGCCAAGAAGAGCACCAUCAAAUCAGAUCAGAGGGUCGAAGAGCAGCGCGAGCGAGUGUGUGUUUUUGUGUGUGGUGUGUAUAGUGCUCAUCGUUUGUUGGGAUAUUUGUCUAUGCGAAAAUGUCGUACGCCUACCUGUUCAAGUACAUCAUCAUCGGGGACACGGGUGUGGGAAAGUCGUGUCUUUUGCUGCAAUUCACAGACAAACGAUUCCAGCCAGUGCACGACCUCACCAUUGGGGUAGAAUUUGGAGCUCGCAUGAUCACCAUCGACGGCAAACAGAUCAAGCUUCAAAUUUGGGAUACUGCUGGACAGGAAGCAUUCCGGUCAAUUACUCGAUCCUACUACAGAGGAGCAGCUGGCGCCCUGCUAGUUUACGACAUCACUCGCAGGGAAACCUUCAAUCAUUUGACCACGUGGUUAGAGGAUGCAAGACAGCACUCGAAUUCCAACAUGGUCAUUAUGCUGAUUGGCAACAAAAGCGAUCUUGACGCCAGAAGGGAAGUCAAGAGGGAAGAGGGCGAGGCUUUUGCCAAGGAGCAUGGACUGGUCUUCAUGGAAACCAGUGCAAAGACUGCGGCUAAUGUCGAGGAGGCUUUCAUAAACACAGCCAAGGAGAUUUAUGAGAAAAUCCAGGAGGGUGUAUUUGACAUUAACAAUGAGGCUAAUGGAAUCAAGAUUGGACCUUCACAUUCCCCAACCAGUACUGGUGGUAUAGCAGGAACUGGUGGUCAGGGCAGUGCACAAGGCGGUGGAUGCUGCUAGGGGAUGGGUCUCAGGUGUCCACCGAUUCACCCCUCAACAAUUUGAACUGACUAUCUCAUUCCUGCUCUUUGUUUUCACUACAGGAAAGCGCCUACAUUUGAUUGUUUUUUUAUUUAUUUAUUUUUUUUCAAUCUUUAGAUAACAAGUGAUGAGGGCAGUGUAUUUAUAUUCUUAUUAUUAUUACUAUUUAAUGAUAAGACAACGGAUAGGUUUAUAUAAUUAUUGUAAGGCAAAUUGUUCUAUAUCAUGAUGCACCUCCGAUGAACAAAGCCUUUACAAAUUUUUAUAAACACCAUCGAAAAUCUCAUUUUCAUGUUUUUGGUGACUUCUGAGAAGCAGGAGAAAAAAUUGUACAAUUAUCUGAGAAAUAUUUACGUUAUGUGUGGAUUUUAUUGUAAUUCUACACGUUAAAAACAAUGAACUAUGUUCCUCUCGCUGAUAUUUUAUUUUUUAAAUCUUUUUUUUCUUAAAGACGACUUGCACUGAUAGUUUUUUUUCAAGGCAAUAUCAUACUUUGAAGCAGGAGUGUUGAUUUAUGCUCAUUAAACUUACACAACUUCAAUGUACUUGUACGUAUUAUUGCUACACCAAAAUGAACUAAGUAUGAAAAAAAAAAAAAAAAAAAAAAAAAGAAGAAAUUAUUCCAUUAACUGUGUUGAAGUUAUACAUCGCUCAAAGGGCGUCAAAAAUGACAUUGUCUACACCUAAUUGAGAAUUUCUCAAGUGUUUACUUGAUUCGUUUGUUAGAUUUAAGGAUUUUAGUCGACGCUAUUCCUGGCGCUUUUUUGACGCGAUGAUUAACACGUGUAAAAAAUAAAUUGAAGUGAUUGUGAUGAACGUGACUUUGAUUUCAAAUAAAAAAAAAAAUAAAAAAAAAUGGAAAAGUCGAAUUGGUCAUGAUGAUUUCUUUUUACAUAAUCACGAUUAAAAUUUGGUGAUCCUCCAUUGAGAGAAAUACCACAGCCAAUACUUUGUACACAUUGAUUCGCAGUAUAUAUAAGUAUACAAAUAGGUAAAAUUACAAAUGUUAAGAUCAUAGGAAAAUUUUUUUCAUCAAACAGACGAUAGUAGACCAGUUAUUUCAAUCAUCUACUUAUCUGUGAAAUAAUUACUAGUCAGAUAAAAUGAAAUUGUUUUUAUAAAAUAUGACGAAAUUAUAACCAAAUGUAUACUUGAAUUCAUACAAUAAUAAACAUAUAUUAUAAAUAAUCAUAA